UGUGCUCCAGCAUUUUCUGCAUUUCUUUUGCCUGACCUUCUUCUGUGGAAAACAGGGAGCACACUAACUUCCUCCCAUGCUCUUUCUCUGCCAAAACAUGUUUUUAUGAAACAGCUAAUUCCUCAGAGUAAUUUUCUGGGCUGUAAAUCCCUUAAGACAGGAUAAGGGAAAAUUUAGAGGGAAAAAGAUGACGUCUUCAGCAGGGUUUUUUUUCCCCAAUCAAAACACGAACCCGGUCUAAUCUUCCUAAUUCAUCUAUGCUGUGUCAAAUAUUAACAGUGUGUGCAGGAAAGAAUGAGUUCAUCAUGUCUGACCUUUAUUUCAUCUCCAUAGAAGUGGGUCAUGGUUGAGUCUGCCACCACCAGGGUUUCAAUGAACCGUGGCGCGGAAACAAAGCGUCUCCGGCGAGGUUCCCUCCGUGCGUCAUUGUCGCUGUGCGUAAAAUUUUCCUCCUCUUGCCUAUCCACUCGGCUGUCCAAUGCCGCGUGAUCAAACAGGAGGGGGACACCUUUGCUUGGAGUGAAUGUCCUCCUCUUGAUCACAUGCUGCUGCUCUGCAGAGUCUGGCCCCAGGCUGCCUCCAAGUUUGGGCGCAAUUAGAUACUCUUUACCCUCCGUUAUGAAGGAGCCAAAGAUGCCCGAACACAAGCUGACAGACACAACAGAGUUCUGAUCGUGAUCCACGUUUCCAGAGUAAAAACAGCUUCUGAGAUGUCCCUCACUCUCCGCGGUCUGGUUCAUCAAAGUCCGGAGACCCAUGGCAGGUUGGCCACCUGAAGCGCCGCGUAAAGCACCCACAUCUCUGGCUUUGAUGCGCUGUAUAGUGAAGGAAGGUGCGAUAAAGGCGGUAUCAGGAAAGAGAUUUAGAGUCAUGUCUUUGCCAAAUGCGCUGAGGAUAAAUCUCGGCUGCUCCUCACUCCUUUUCCAAAAGCGACCUCUGAGUCUUCCAUUUACCCGAACAGGUACAACAUCCUCUGACUCAAAUGGAGUGGAGAGUGCCGCGUUUAUUACGCGCAGGAGUAAAAAGACAAAACACAGAGUUGAACACAUCUUCUAAAAGUUGAAUUGCAACCAAAAAUUGUAAAAGUUCGUUUUAAUAAUGUCCUUAUGAACUGGGUGUCGAUUCCAAUAAAGAGAUAAUCUUAGAGAGUCUCUCCAAAUCGAAAGUGGUUUCAGUGCUGUAGAGUCAGUCUUGGUCAUCAGAGUAUGACUAAUAUUGAACUUCAGUCCGUCGGAGUUGUCGUCUCUAGUCCUCUAUCCAGGCUAAGUCUUGUUGUGCCACUCACCAGCACCACUGCAGUCUGGACACAUCGGGGGUAUUUAUACUUUCUGCUCUUCCCUGACAUGAGGGGGUUUAUUUUUGAUAUCCUCCGUUGCUGGAAAUUCUCCUCCCACUCUCGUACUUCACGAGACACUCGCAGAUAAAACGGAUCCAAUGAGAAUAGACCAACACUCCCCCCUUCUGAAAUAGCUUGACAGCCGUGCUCCUAUUAUUAACCCAGUGUGCCAGAAGACAGCGGCAGGACAUCUAUACUACGCAUAGCUGGGAGCCCGCUAUUCGAGUUAUUUCAGAGGGGUGUGUGAGUGGCAGGCCCCCACAGAGCCCGGAGUAGCCUACCCCCAAAGGCCGAGCUGCUCUAUUCCCACACAAAAGACCACCGCUGGAGGGAGAAAAGCUCUCUCUCUCUCUGUGUGUGCAUGAACAGACCACCACGCUGAGAGAUGUUUCAUCAGCAGUGGAACCAUCGGAAGAAUAUCAUCACUCAAUAUAUUUUUCGCUGCAUAAUCCACAAAGAAACGAUGAUUAUUGUGAACCAAAGAGCCUUUACAAAGAAAGCAACGUUGUGCAUUAAAAUAACCCUUUAAUUAAAGAGCAAUGACUCAUCAAGCCCUAAACCUAAAAAUAAAAUCUAAUUAUAAACAGAACGAAACCAGAAAAUUCCCACUCAUAUUUACAUCCUGCAUAAAAAAAAAAUCUGUGUAAAAACUCAUUCAUAGUGUUACAGAUUCCGUAAAGACAUCUGGUGUAACUUAUCAUAAGCCUUGAUGCGCGUUUUCCAUGUAAAAUUAGUUUGAUACCAGGAGGUGUGCCAGGAGAAUGUCAGUACUGUAAAUAAUAACGAUCAUCCAGAAGAUGUAGUUACACUCUGUCACCAUGAGAUGGCGCCAGAGAAAAACAAACGUCUCCGUGUACUUUGCUGAACAGAAACGACCGUAAACUUGAGGUGUCGCUCUUUGCCUUCAUUUCAAUUUAAAGCUGUCUUCAACCCACUCACAUUUUCUCAAUAGUUUUAUGCAGAUAAUCAUGUUAAUGAACUCUCACAUGAACACAUCCUGCGUGUGUUUCUAAGAUGGUUUACUGUCUUCUCUUAAACAUGUUACUCCUGUGAGUGGAAGCCAUUGUGGCUGCUGGGCAUAAACACGUGUGUAAAAGUAUAACCAUCAAUGACAUAAAUCAGACCACAGCAAGUAAAUAGAUAAUGAGCAGAGGUACCUUGUUUGGAACUGUUUUAUAAUAUUUAAGGAGUGAGAGAACAAGGAUCAUCUUUUCAAUUAAUGCCCAACAAAAUUUAAAUAAAUAAGGAACAAUGCAACAGCUGUUCAAAUUUUGUUGUUUGUUUAUUUCUAUGUUUUCUGUCUACUUCAUGUAUUUGAUUUAUAACAAAUAUGUGGAAUAAAAGGGGGAAAAAGGUGCUCAUGCAAUUGAGGUCAGAGUGAAUAUCUUAAAAUGAAAGCCCAAGGAACAGGAUGGAGCAACAGACACACUAACAGACUGAAAGAGACAAAGGACUAGGUAGGUAGGAGUUUGUGCUCACUGUCACAGAGGAUACAUCACUGUGUAAAAACAAUACUUUUUACAUAUAGACAAAGCAUUUUCAACAAUAUUUUCCUCCCUGUACUGGACACAUUUCACUUCUUGGAGUCCACACAUAUAAUGUUUACAAUCUGAGUCCACCACACACAGAGCAGUCAGUGCUCGUGUUUACUUUUUCUGUGCUAAUAAUCAGCAGCUUGUUAAUGUCGGUAAGAUUAAUGUCGGUAUAACAGCUCACACAUUAUAGAGACUCUGGCAGCUGUGACCAAAUACAAGCCUUAAGUUCUCUGGUGUUUUUAUUUGCUUUAUGUUGAAGCUCUCGGGAUGUUGACUAGCAGCUAGUAACUGACUGAUCGCCUGCUGCUGUUUCGCACCAUAGAGCAACUGUGGAUGGAAGACAAGUGAAGGACCAGACAUUUCUUUAAGUCUGACAUAUAUAUUUAGAACCCAUGAAUGAUGGUAACUUUAAAAUGAGCAAUCAUGACCCCUUUUCAUUACAUUGUCAUUUACAAAGCAUGAGCCCUCUGGUAGCAGUAGUUGCCACUUGGACGGAUGAUUUCUAUCUAUCUGAUCAAAUAUUUGUUUGUUUGUUUGUUUGUUUGAUUGAUUCUUGAUGCUUUCAUGAUUCAAUGUGUGUCAACAAAAACAUUAUUUCAUUAUGAGUUAAUUGAAAAAUGCUUGCAAUGAUAUGAUAAAUUGUUAUAUAGGAUAUUUUGUAUUGCAAUUAAUUAAGAUGGUUUGUCUUCACCAUGUCCUCAGCAAAAUGGAUCAGAAACUCAAAGCCAUCACGUAUUAGGAACAUGGAAACCUUUCCCCCCCUAAUACUGUGUUCUUAGGUGUCACGUAAAUUGAGCCUAAGAUUGUAUUUAUUCAUGGAAAAUGUCAAUUGUGCACUUUAAUGAGUUUAUUGUCUUAUGCAUGGAAGGACAUGCAGAAAGAUGUGCUGCUUUAAAUGUCCUUAUUAAGAUCAACAAUGAUCUUGUCUCUGUCACCAAAUGUUUGUUUUUAAACAAUCCAUAGAGAGAGGGAAAGAGUUGAUAUAAUAGUGUUAAGGAAACUGUAAAUUAAUAUAUGACAUAAUUAUAUUUCCAGUUUGGUCCAACUGAAACAUGAACAAUUACAGUCAAAAUAUUAAUGACAAAAAAUAAAAACAAACACUUCAGUCACUUUCUGCGUGCUUCCCCUUUGCAUCUUGUGUGUUUGCCAGGCUAUGAGUCCGCCUCGCCGUGAGUCCGGCGGUGGGAGGGGGGCGGGAUGAUACUACAGCUCCUGUCACACAUGCUGUACAGCAACAAUAAUAUUUGGAGAGUUACAAGUGGCUGCGGUCUGCAGCUCAAAUCGAGACUCAUGACCAAUGAGCUCUCUCUCUUUUGCGCACACACAAAAAGAUUUCCCUCGAUAGCGACCAUGGGUUUUUACGCGCGUCUUUAAAGCUCAGCAGCUCACAGGACUCAGUGGCCAGAGAGGAAUUGGUGCAACAUGGGAUUGAAGCUGCAAGGCAGAGGCUGCUCAGUUUUCUGAGGACGCACAAGCGGCGCUCCUUGCCAUUACGCACAACUUUUAUCUGCAUGCAGAUUCAGACGAAUUACAGAGUAUAGUUUGCAAAGCAGGAGCAGAGAUGGCCAUAUUCACUGGUUCUUUGAUGGUUCUGAUCAAAUUUCUGCUUUAUCUAAAACUUACAUAUUGCAUGGAGGUGGAUUUCUGCAUACCUGUCCGCGUGGAUCACCAAAAGCACGACAAACAUCUGCACCGGCGCGCGGAGCAGGUGAAUGAUGGACACAUUACUUUCAGAUUGAGUGCAUUCAAGCAGGAUUUUUACCUCCACCUCACCCCGGAUGCUGGUUUUAUUGCAUCAGACAACCUUCUAUCUGAGAGCACCUCAUCAGCAUCCAACUCCUCCACCACUGCUGACCUCAGGGAAUGCUUUUAUGCCGGGGAUGUCAACGCAGACCCGGACUCCUUCGCAGCGCUCAGCCUGUGCAAAGGUCUCCAUGGGGGAUUCUCCUAUCAUGGAAUGGAAUAUUUCAUUAGCCAGAGCCGGACUGAGGACGCAGCUGCUGCGUCUGGAUCUGCAAACUCCUUCGACAGGACACAUGUGAUCCGCCGAAGAGGACGCACUGAGCACUCUGACGGUAACAUCACCAGCAGGUGUGGAGUUACACCUGACCCCAACUUCAACGUGUCCUUGGAGAAAUACAGACACAUGAGUGAGGUAGAGAUGGAUGGUUUAACUGAAACUGUGCUGAAAAGUUUGGGCAGGUCCAAGAGAUUCGCUUCCAUCCCCAGGUUUGUGGAGGUUUUGGUGGUGGCAGAUGAAUCUAUGGCCAAAUUUCACGGGGAUGACCUGAAACAUUACCUCUUGACCCUGAUGUCAGUAGCAGCCCGGCUUUACAAGCACCCCAGCAUUCUCAACUCUAUAAACAUAGUGGUGGUGGGCUUCAUGGUGAUAAAUGAAGCUGACAAGGGACCGAAGGUUUCCGGCAACGCAGCUCUGACUCUGCGCAACUUCUGCUCCUGGCAGAAGAAGUUGAAUAAGCACAGUGACAAGCACCCGGAGUACUGGGACACUGCCAUACUGUUCACCAGACAGGUAAGCAGGGGAGGGCUGAACACUGCUGUGAUGCAUCACACUGGUGGUGCAAAAAUUGGAGUAAAAACACAAGAACGAGCUGUACAGGGGUGGAUUAUGACACAUUUUUUUGCAUAGACAUGUAAAAACUACCUGUCUCUGUAUUUAAAAGCAAGACAGUUAGAAUUGAAGCAACACAGGUCUUAUACUAUGUAAGGUGCAUGUGAACUGUCAGACUGGAAAGGGACCUUAUUUGUAGGCAUAACUUGUCUCUUUGUGGUCAAUUUGCAACAUUUAUUGUCUGUAUUCAACUCAAGCUUUGUAUGACUUCCUUAUGUUUUUAAGUUAAAAAAUGUGGUGUAAUUAGAAUAAAACUAGUGAUCGAUAAACAUACUCCAACAUAAAAAAGCUCAAUUUGGCAAAGACUUCAAUUUUUCAAUUUUGGAAAGACUCCAAGUCCAUGAGAGAGUUUUGGAGGAGGAAUGCAUGCUGUAAUUGCUAACCCUAUCAAAAACAUUCUCUGUCACUGAUAAAGAGGAGCUCUUGAUGGCAAUUUGACAAUUUGAUGGACAGCGGUGAAAUACAUUUACUGCAGUACUAUACUUAAAGCUCCUGUGAGGAACUUUUGGUUUGCGUCAACUUUAGCACCCCCCGGUGGACAAAGCAGUCUUUGUUUAUCGUGUCCUCUACAUACUAAAGCAACAUUUUCUAAAAAUAAGCCUAUCCUGCUGGGUUUUGACUGGAAUAUCUCCAAGUCAAACUAACAUCCCUUAAACUGUGGUGGGGUCGAUUUGCUCCUGCAUGGGUACACCUUACUCAGAUCUUAACUGGCCUAAUCAGUUGGCGGCUUUGAACCGUAAGUCUAACAGCACAAACACAUUACAGAACGGCUUGUAAAUAAAAGCCCGUUAGAAGAAUUGGGGAAGUGUACAAAGCUGUCAUAUUGUAUAUACAAAAGGUACAGAGCUAAAGAAAUGUUUGUGUUUUUACUGUUCAGCAUGCAACCAGUUAGAUUCUUGCUAACCUGUUUGUCAAUUGUUUUAGUAUAUGACAGAAAGACAACAAGAAGACAGCUUAAUGCACUAUGCACUAAAGUUAAGCUAUAGUAAGAUUUAGAUUAGGCUUUUUACCUGGACUACUAGAAGUUCAGUUUAGUGUGAUUUCAUCUGAACUGAUGUAUUAACUUGUAUUUUAAAGGUCCAGUUUGAGUCAGACUCAUGCAAAAACACUGAUUCUUUUAACAGCAUGUAAAUGCUCUGAAUGACCCAGAAUGUCCAGAUCUGUCCAGAUUUUAAGUUAACACUCAAUCUCUGCAACAUACCAGCAUGAACCCUUUGCUGCCGUUGUUUAAAAUGCUUAUUAAGAGUACCAGGUGCAUCAAUCUCACAUUAUGUCUUGAGCAUAAACAACCAUACUAUAUCAAAGUCCACUUCCUCCAACUCUGCCAGAGCCAAGUAAGUGCACUGACUGUGCUUGAGCACUCACUCUAGUCAAACAAGCUGCACUUUAGAGGUGAAAACAUGUUUAGGCAUGAUACCAAUCGCCUAGUGUGAGUGCACCCUCAGAAAGGUCAGCCACCCAAUAAUUUCUUUCGUUCAAGGUUAUAUGACUUAACAGACUUGCUGCAGACCACAGAAACAGCUACUUUUUCUUCACUUUGUUCGUUUCAACUUUAAAUGACAAAUAAUGCCUCCAAACACUCUGCCUACCCUCGCCUGUCAGAUGGUACUUCCGUGAACUUGUACUCUGGGGGCAGCAAACUGUGAGUUCACUUCAUUUGCCUCAAUGAGACAGUGGAAAAGAGCAACUUUGCCUGAUCUUUCCAAGAAACACCUCACCACUGUCCGUAUGUGGAAUAAGAGCUCAGUCCCUAUCUGACCCCUUCACAGAGCUUUAAGAGAGCCCAGUUAGACUCCAAAUUAAUUGCUCAUUCACUCUAACUCUUGUGAAUUGAGACUUUAUGAAGCGUUCAGCCCUGCCAUAGCUGAUAAUCCCACAUGGAUCCCAGAGCUUUAACCACUGAGGAGUAAAUCUUUCUCCAUAAUCUCUAACUUUCCCUCAACUGUCCCUCUUUGAUGCCUGCUCAGUGUCGCCUGCUUUCCAUUAGAUCCAGUUAAGCCAUCUGAUACGAGCCCUCACUCUUUCACUGCAUAGCAACUACCACAAACAAUGCGCCGUCUAAACCAGCAGAGAGUCACAGUGGUGCAGGAGAGGAUCCUUUGUUUACACUGAGGAUGAUUAUAUGUAGGAAAGUGUAGGUCCGGUGUUGUCGUCCUUGUCGGGCAUGAUGAGUGCAGCUGCUGGUGGAAAAAACCUUGUAAUAGGUUACAAAGAGCGAGUGGUUUGGGAUGCACAUGGCUGGCAGAGGGAGCUUCUGGCACCGCAGGGCCUUAUUGUAUCAUUGGGUUAGCAAGUUCACUGUCCACGGUGUGUUAAUAUUUAGUUUGGACACUAAUAAAGCACAGAGAAGUCAUUUUGAUCCAACGAAUUAAUAUAAUCCAUGACCAGAAAUGAUGAAACACAGACAGAAUCAGUUUAAAGAUACAGAAAAAGCUUUCCACUAAGCCUUGGGACAGGACGAAGCAACUAUCAUCUAGAUAACCAAUGAUAUCAUUUUGUACAAUAAUAAACAGAUCCAACAAAAAUAAAAUGUUCCAAUAAUAAUCAAGUUUUCCACUGGGAGGAGGCUUAUCAGUUGUCUUUUUGAUUAAGGAGCCAGAAACUCACAUGUCAGCAGCGUGUGAGGCUGCACAAACGCUGUCCUUCGUGGCAAACUGAUUAUGUGAGCAUGCAUCAGUUAGUAAAAUCACGCACAUACAGGAUGUCAAGUUUAUAAAUGUAACUUUGAAUCAUUCUGGCAGGAAGUAGAUGGCUUAGUAAAGUUAAAAAAGUUUUAUUUGGAUCAUCUAUUGUUGGACCUGAAUCCCAACUCAAGCAGAUUUAUGACUUUGCUACAUCCUGAAAACAAGAUUAAAUUUAUGAAAAUCAUCAGGAAGUGCUGUUCUCUUUGAUGACCUUCAACAUCUGUGCAGGGUGAGAGCGAUCUCGAAGGCAAAGGUCUUGGUUUUGGGCCCUCAGCGUCCUGUACACGGGGAGUUUAAGAUGCUUUCAGAUGGUGGUUCAGUCUGAAAACCGUCUUUUUUAACUACAUCAUCUGUUGGCUUUUUAAACAAACUUUUACUGCUGUGAUUUGAACAGGAAUGAUGAACUAGAGUGUAUGCACAAUAGAUUAGUGCCCUUCAAGGUUUGAUCCAACCAUCACUCCCAGCAUAACCACACAAACAAGUCCUAUCUGACUUUGAGAGCCUCUUGAAAACUUUACACUUGUGUCUCUUUGAUUACAGGAUCUCUGUGGAGCUACAACCUGUGACACACUGGGGAUGGCAGAUGUUGGGACCAUGUGUGACCCAAAGAGGAGCUGCUCUGUCAUUGAGGACGAUGGCCUGCCCUCAGCGUUCACAACAGCCCACGAACUUGGUGAGAAAGCUAGCCAGCAAAAGGUUUUCAUCUGCAGGGUCUUUCAUCUUUAGAGAAAUACUAAUGCACAUGUGGUUCAAGAGUAUGAUGGGAAAAAAACUGCAUAUAAUCCCAGUCUGAAAUGUCAAAGGAGUCCAGUUUGACAAAUGCAAACCUGGACAAUCAGUGUGCAAAGCGCCCUGACUGGAGGGCCGUGUUACUUUCAUGAUGAUCUAUACAUCCUGCAGCACUGCUGGGUGGCUAUUAAAUUACUUUUACCUGAAGUUGUGUCUGCAAAUCAGUUCCUCAUCAGAUGGGCUGAAUCAGAACCAGCAGGUCUGAGGGUCAAGGUUGGGACCAAUCCAUGCUGGAUGUCCUUUGAUCAGGGACAUUUCCUCUGAUAGACUGCAACCAUUACAGCCUUUCUGCAGGCUGAUGAAAGCAGCUGCAGUAAUUCCAAAGCUUUUUGUACCUGUGGGUCAUUUAGACUCCAACACAAGUAAAAACAGCGACCAGUUUGAAUUUGAGCACAGGUAAGAUGAGCCAUUGUUAGCCAAGAACCUAAAGCUACUCAUAACUAGACCAUCAAACCAACCAAUGACUCAAGAAGACAUAAACACUAGGAGUGGGAAUCACCAGUGGCCCCACGGUAUGAUAUUAUCACGAUACUUAGGCCACAAUACGAUUAUUGGGUGUUUUAACAUUUUGCAAUACAGUGAGUAUUGUGAUACAAUAUAUUGUGAUUUAUGUAAUUUUUUCAUCCGUUUAGCUAAUUUAGCAUUUGUCUUUCCUUUAUGUUUGUCUUAUUUACACUGUGUUUUAUUUACAUGUAGCACAGCUUGCAAACCUUAUAUAUACUUGUCGCACUAACUUUCUCCUGCUCUAUGAUGUCACCUCUGCCAUCCUCACUGGACAAACAGAUGAUUUUGUUCUUCCAUUGUCAUAGAUUUGACUUCAUAUUAACAAUUCAUUUGAAAAAUCGAUACUUGAUAAAUGAGACGAUACGAUAUAUCACCAGACAAAAUAUUGCAAUACUAUGCUGUAUAGAUUUUUUCUCCUACCCCUAAUAAACACUGAAUACAACUUAAUUUAAGGGGUGAAUGCACUUAUAUUUUAACAACUGAGCCAGCCAGGAUGCCUGUUUGUCUCACACAGGGGUGUGUAUAGACUAUUUUUGAGUGGGGUGGUCCUGCCAGUUAAAAUGCCAAUAAAAAGAUCAUGCAUGUGUCCAAUUUAAAAGAAAAGCAUGUCAAUGAUUACAGACUCAUCUUAAUUUAAUUCAAGGCAAUCAACAUCAACAGGUAAUUGAUUAAGAUGUGCGCAUAUGCAUCAAGAGUUUUAAGCUUUUUUGAUCUGUUGACUCUGUCACAGGUAAGGGUGGAAAAGAAGAUAAACCUCUAAUCCUUCCCUGUCUGCUUUUUUUACGUCUUUUCUCCUGUUAAAAUGAAAUGCAUACAGCUUGACACGCUCCUGAACCUCUUUAAUUAGGGCUAAUCCUGUUAAAGUGACAGCUUUUCUCUGGUUUUCGGUCAUCCGAGGUGGAGAAGGCUGUGAAAGAAACACGACUCAUGUCUGAGACCAAAGUCAAAAGUAACUUAUGAGGCCCCAGGAGAGGGAUAAGUUUACACUGUCUACAUAUAUGUUAAGUAAUUACACAAUUUCCCCUUCCAAUGGUCCUGUUUCACAAGUGAACAUGCUGAGACCAUUUUUUUUCUCCUGGAAAGAGCUUUAUGUUCGUAUUUAGGGACUUAGAUGAUUUCCCUGGGAGCUGAAUUCUCCUGUCAGACCUGGUUUAAGACGUGGACGUAUGCCAUGUUGAGUAUUCCCAUGUUUAAGCACAUUCCUGUCUGCUAUGACAUCAGCCUUAAACCAAGCCAAGUUCAGCUAGCUUUGCCUUAUACAUACAUGUGUGGAGUGAAGACUGGCAAAGAGUCAUUACCAUAGUCGCUUCUCUUUUGCUUCCCAGGGAUUGUACCCAGUCCUUAUCGUGUCUUAAAUCCGGCUGUGGUUGGAAAUAGAAAUACUUAAGUCUAACAAAGAUGUGACCCUGUGUCUUUCCUCUCUCACUCUCCCUUCAGGCCACGUCUUCAACAUGCCCCAUGACAAUGUGAGGGCAUGUGAGGAGGUAUUUGGGAAACUGAAGGACAACCACAUGAUGUCCCCCACCCUGAUUCAGAUCGACAGGAGCCGGCCCUGGUCUGUGUGCAGCGCAGCCAUCAUUACCGAGUUCCUGGACAGAGGUCAUGGUUAGUAAACACUUCCUGUUUGAGUGUGUGGAUUCAGAUGGAGCUUUAAUUCUGUCCAGACUUCAGACUUCUCAGCUGGUUGUAAUCUAAUUGUACCCACACAGAAAAAAAAAACAGACCUUGGUGCUUCUUUGCCAUGGUUACGUCUGAACUCUGAAGGGCUUUCACAUGACCGAAUACUUUGAGUUUGACUCUUGGGUGCAUCCGUCUUGGAGGAAAGUUUGAAAAACGUCUGAGAAAAUACCUGCAGACUGAUUUAAAUGGGCGAAAAAUCCACAAAAACAGUUCACAGGCUAAAAGAGUCGCUUUAAUUAAGACAUGAGUGGUCAAAACAGAGGGUGCUCAGAGUGCGCAAAGUUUGACUGAAAACAGCAGCAAAUGUUUUAGUCUUUGACUGUGGCAGACGAGGAGUGAAACUUCUGCUACUGUUCUCACUUUAACUAAAAGAAAAGCCAGUAAAACGCAAACCAAAAACAGUGAAAAAAGAAAACAGAUCAAGAUCAAGUCACAGAGACAAGAUGAGAUGUAAUAUUGUGUAGGUGGCAGAAAAUCAGGAACUUCGUACAGAGAAGUUGGAGGGAACUUGUUCCACAGUUUCAGGGCAUCAACAGAGAAGGCAUGGUCAGCCCUGGUAUUCAACCCGGUCUUAGGGACCAUGAGAAGCAGCCGAUCAGUAGAUCUCAAAGACCUCAAGGGAGUGCUGCCUUGCAGGUGGUCAGGGAUGUACUAUCUUGCUAUACCACUCAAGCAUUUAAGAAUAAAUAACAAGAUCUGGAAAUGAAUUCCAAAUUGGAGAGGUAGCAAGUGGAGGUCAAUUAAAAGAUGAGCAGCAGCUCAUGCAGACAUGACAGCAAGGCCUGGUCAACACCAAAAUAAAGUGCAUGGCAAUAAUCCAAACAAGUAGAAACUAAAGCCUCUAACACUCACUCAAAGUUACCAAAAUAAAUAAAAAAAACAGGUUAAAUUUUUGAUAAAAGCCUCAGAUGGUAAAAUUUAAGAUUCAUCAAAAGACAAAUUAUGGUCUAUUUCGGUACCAAGAUCAGUAACCAUGGGUCUGACAAGAGUUUGCAGGGAGCCAAGGAUGAUCAUAGCUUUAUUUUUACUUGGAAAAGUCUGUUGAUGGUUAGUUUUAUAUAUGAGGGCAUGUUGUGUUUUCAUGCUAUCACAUCUACAUUGGCAGCAUCUGCAGUUAGCUUAAGCUCAGAGCGGAUGAAGAUGUUCUAAUGCUAAGAUUGGGGUUUGUUUUAUCAAAUACAUGUUUGGGCAAAAAAUCAACAAGCAGGUUCUAUAUUUCUGAUGUCCAUUUAACUUUAUGUCCAACGUUUUCCAAUGUUGCUAAGGCUGCAAUCGUAACGCUGUCUUCAGCUUGCCCCCCGAUUAGCCAUCGUUCUGUUUCACUCGACAAUAAUCAAUUACCAAUGUGUCGAUAUUUUUAAACCUAUUUUGACUGAUAUUCAUGAAUACACUCCUGCUUAUCGUCAUGAUGAAAGCCAAGUAUCUUAAUAUUAUCAGUAAUGAUACAUGAAACUGUAUUGCGCCAGAAAUUACCCAGAAGAAUGUCAACACUCACUUCCAACGAAGCAUUUUCUCCUGGUGAAUCUCAUGCUGAUUACAAGAUACUUCCAGUAUCCACAUUGACUUUAAAAUUCAGAGGAAUAUCAAUAUGUCAAACAUCUUUUUAUCGUCAGUCGCUCUUGCAGUGCCAAGACAUAUUUUCUUUCUGUUGACUACCAUAAAUGACUGUGAGCGGAUUCUACUUAGUGACAAAAUUAGACACCAAUUUAUAACCUGCACUUGAUCAGCACUCUCAGUGUAUCAACCAAAAGGAAACAUCAAAGCUACUCUGCCGUCUCCUCACCAUGACUCACUCGUUAUCUAAACACAGUCCAGUGUCUGCACUGUCUCAUGUUUGCCUCAUUUUUAAACAGAUAAACUAUCAGAGAAUUCAUUAUUUCUAUGCGGGUUUUCUCCCCUCUUCUUAUUUCCUUGGAUGGUAAUAUUUUUGCUACUGUGUCAACAGACAAAGGUGGAAUUUGCUGGAGUUUUUCUCUGGGAUUUCAGUGAAAUGCAUUAGAGUCUGAAUGUUGUUUCUGUUGUUGGUUUGCACCUGUAGGAGACUGUCUGCUGGAUCAGCCUCAAAGGCAACUGUCCCUCUCAGACAACCUACCUGGUUCCAGCUACAGCCUGCACCGACAGUGUGAGCUCGCCUUCGGACCAGGAUCCAGACCUUGCCCGUACAUGCAGCCCUGUUCCAAGCUGUGGUGCACCGGAAAGGCCCGGGGUCAGCUGGUCUGCCAAACCCGACACUUCCCUUGGGCUGAUGGCACCAAUUGUGGCAAUGGGAAGGUCUGCUACCAAGGAACUUGUGCAGACAAGAACACCACCAUGCACAUCCCGGUAAGAGGCGGCUUGAAGAAAAUGCUGUCUUUUACUGCUUGGUUAUUAUUCUGACAUAAACAUGAAUCAUGGUGUAUUUUUCUUUGGUCUCAGGUGGAUGGGAAAUGGGGAAAAUGGGGUGCAUUUGGAGACUGUUCUCGGAGCUGUGGUGGAGGAGUCCAGCUGGCCAAGAGAGAGUGUAACAACCCUGAACCUGAGAAUGGAGGCAAAUACUGCUACGGCCUUCGCCUUAAAUAUCGCUCCUGUAACCUCAACCCUUGUCCUGAAACAGGUAAACUAGCCUCUGUUAUACUAAAACACCUUAAACUAUCAUACACUGAACCAUUCUUACAGACAAUUAUUGACCAAUCACCUAUCAAACCUGUCAACCUGGCAUUGUGUCAAACGUAACUUUCUUUGAAUGUUGAUAUAGGCUGUAAUUGUUUGCAGGCUCACUUUCCCCACCUACAAACCUUGUGCUCCUUCAGUAGGUUUCUGUAGCCCAAAGCGUGGUGUUUGCCACAAUGACUCCAACGUACUUUGAGCUAAAAAUUGGCAUUUUGAGAUGGGCUGUAGUUGUGAUCACAUGGCUCUUGAAUGCAGCCUUAAUAACUCUUGGGGAACUGCAAUCUUUCGAUUAAAUUCAUCUGUGAAAGUCAUUGCUUGGUUCCCUUAAGUCCAACAAGACUUAAUUCCAUGACAUGCACCUCUACCGUGUUGUCUCUUGGAGUUGGUCCUGUAGGCUAGUCAGCGUUUUUUGUACUCUGAAAUGAUUUUUAGAAAGUAUACACUUUAAACAAACCAGACAAGCUGUCCGUGUUUGCCAAAGAUAUUUGGUCAUCUCUAUAUCCAGAGGAAUUCUCAUGUUUUUAAAUCUUGGACCUGAUUUCACAUUUUUGGGAUCUAAAUAACUGAUUGUGUCAGGAUAUUGUGUCCCAGUAGACUGCUGCUGUUGGCAGCCCCAUGACAGGCUGAGAGGGCUGCAAUGUUACCCUUUAAGACUGUUUAUCUUUUAGAUUUAAAGGCAAACAAACUGCUCAAAAAGGCAAACAACUAUUGUCCCACAGUUUGGAUAGAGCAUAGUUAUGCUUUCAAUUUCCAAAGACUCCAUGGACGAAGACUUGGAAGUAACUUCUCUGAUUUAGCAGCACAAGUGCUUCCAGCUUCAACAGAUUUGGAGCACUAAGAAAUAAGGGGCAUCACAGCUUCUGUAAACUUGCUAACAUUUCUUUUACUGUACAGAACACCACCACUGGGGCUUUGCAACCUAAUAUUGUUUUUGAGCUGUUGCGUUAUAGAUAGAAACUUCUAUUUAACCAAGAUGUGGGGGCACUAAAUAUUUCGUGAACCAAUGAAUAGACAUAACGGAAAACGGAGAAUGAGACUGACAGAUGGACAACAUGAACAUAGAUAUUGAUAUUGAGAAACAAGACUGUCAUGGUCAAGUAGUUCUGUCUGCAAAGAAGGAACCCCAAAUUGCUAAUCAACCACAGGAGAGGAAAAUGGGGAACUAAGAAAAACAAUUAUUAGCAUGCAAACAAAUGCACCCAACUGUGCUUUGAGGUCACACAGGUUUGUUUUUUUUCAUAUCUACAGGUAAGAGUUUCCGUGAAGAGCAAUGUGAGGCAUUCAACGGCCUCAACCUGAACACCAACAGACUGGGCUCAUCUGUGGUCUGGGUUCCCAAAUACUCUGGCAUCUCCCCCAAAGACAAGUGUAAGCUCAUCUGCCGCGCCAAUGGAACUGGAUACUUCUACGUCCUUGCUCCAAAGGUAUGCAGCUGAUGAGGUCAUCACAGAAUCAGGUUUUCACCUUAUAAAUGUCAUGGCCAAAAGAAAAUCAUGCAAAUUAUAUUGUUUUGAUAUUUAAGAAAGACUUAAAAAGAAACUAAACCACAAGGAAAGGCCAUCCAAGUGUGGAGGUUACAGCCUAGCCUCGCUAAUCUGACUAAUUCCUAUGUCAUCAUCUAUUUCUAAUUAUGGUCAGUUAUUUUUUAUCUGCAGAAACCUCUACAGAGAAAACUGCCUCUUGUUUAUGAUGCUUUUAUUCUGACGUUUUACUGUCUUGGGUUCACAUGACUUUGUAUCCUGUAUUAUAAAAGCAUGCUUUUACUUUGAAAUAAGGUACAUGCUACUGCAGGUAGAUUGUAAAAUACAACACUGGAUUAAAUCUGCCAAAAUAAUGGCACAUCGUUCACGGCAAACCAGAAUAAAGAUCUACCUCUACACCUACUAAAAACCACAGUAUGCAUAUUUUCAGCUCGGUAUUAGUUUCAUGAGCUGGUUGUCAUCAUCACUGCAGUACUGCAACAGCCCAGUGGCUGAUAUAUGUACUCUACAUGCAACAAAUUAGUGCAUCUAUUACAAUUGAUGGUAGAAUUUUUCUCAUUUCCAAAUUAUAUUCAUUAGGAAACCUCCAAGGGUUCGAUGUGUGAACGAGUAGAGAAACUCCAACGAGUUCUGAAAAGUUCACAGCAAAUGACAUAUCGACUGCUUUCACAUUACCAGCGAGGCAUAAUUACCCAACCAUCUGGAGGCUGAUUUGAGGCCGAUAAUUGCAGCUUUAGUGCAAAUGUGGUUGCAGCCUGUAGAGAGAGUAUAGAGCAAUGCUGUCAGCUUUCAUUAUGCUGCUGUGAAUGUGAGAACAUCCUACCACACUUAGAUCUGUCCAGCUAAGGCAAAACAUCAGGGAAUUAGUAUUAUUUCUGAGUAUAUUAUACCUAACAAUGGAGUCUGACCUCUCUCUCUUUGAACACCUCAUUAUUAUGACUUCAGACUUCAUGGAAGGUUGAAACAUUGAUGUGGAAAUAUGCAGCUGCUCCUUGUUUAGAAAGGUUUCCUGCAUUUGGUUAAAUACCUGGUAUAUUUUGACCUUUUUCUAAGCCCAACAAGAGGGGAUUUGUUAUUGGCAGCAGAGAAAACUGUUGCUGCAAGAAUGAUAGAGUGGUGAGAGGGGGAAACAUGCAGGGACAGUAUCACCUAACAGCUGUGGCUUGUCAGCAACUAUUUAUGCAACCAGAAAGGAAACAAUCUUGUAGCAGCGACAUGAGCCAACAUCUCGUUUACACUAAGGGGACACCGUACACUCCCUGUGGUGCUGCUCAGACUUUCUGAUUAUGUGCUGAAGCUCUUUGGCUUAUGACAUUUGUUUAGUCAACGGAAUCAAGUCUGGAAAUUGGUGGAACAUGGAUGUGCCAAAAGUUUCUGUCUUGUGCAUUCCUUCCCCUUGUUCUUACAUAAGAACUGGCAUAAUUUGAUGUUUCGGGCUCUGCAGGUUGUGGAUGGGACUCCCUGCUCUCCUGACACCUCAGCUGUAUGCGUUCAAGGAAAAUGCAUCAAGGCCGGUUGUGAUGGAAAGCUGGACUCUAACAAGAAGUUUGACAAGUGUGGUGUCUGUGGUGGAGACAACCAGGGCUGCAAGAAGGUCUCGGGGCUCUUCACCAAACCAGUGUAAGUUGUAUGUUUGCAAUAUACUGCAGCUAAAGGAGCAGUUUGUUAGCCAGAUAUAUGAAAGCAACAGUUGUUAAGAAAGGCUUAGGCUUUCAACUGCUGCAGACAGGUCAGCUCUAUCAUAGGAUUUAUCUAAUUUGAACAAAUUCCAACCCCCGCGUUAUACUUGGUUCGUGGUUCAGCCCACAGUCACUGAUUGAUUAAUCAGGUCAAGGAUGUGCAAAUCAUUGAUGUAUCGUAAAUCCUGCAUCUUAGUUUGACGUAGUUUUAAUCACUUUGAGCUCAAGAUGAUCCAGCAUACACAGUAAUGUCUGUAGAGUUUGUUAUUUCAGCUCAGCCUUCAGCUUCAACAGCUAACACAGUAUUUUUUAUACAGUAAAUCUAUAACCUGCAUACCAUGUGUCAUUACGCAAUAAAAAAAAAAACUUUCCAUUCAACACUGCUGGUUUUCUAAUCGCACCUUGCAGAAAGUGGGUCAGAACCAGCAGAGUUCAGAGAGACAGGGAAUUCUGGUUGGUGAGUGAUGCAGACUGCAGCUGUAUCCUCUGUUUUAGAGAAGUCCCACGUAUGACAGCAAGUAGAUCUCUGAGUAUGUGGGAUUGCAGUUCACACACCUGCACCACCAGGUUGCAUGGAAUAUCUCCAGCUCAGUCACUUGUGUCCACAGUAAAUGAUGUGCCAUUGUUGCAGGUCAGAGUCACUGUUUUUUUUAGUUUGGUUGUAUUUUUGUCUCUUUCAAAGCCUGCAUGCCUAAAGAGCUAACCAGUGCACUGCAGGUGGAAGGAUACGAAUGAGCCACAUCUGAGAAUGUAGCCAUCAAGCCUUUUAAAUCACACCCACAUACCUCCUGAAGUAAAGGAAACACCCUACAACAGAGCCAUUAGAGGAGCUGUGGGGAUUUCUGGAGGUGUAUUAGCAGACAGCGCUUAGGUCAUAUUUUGGCCUCUUUUCAUAAGGCAUGCAGUGAUUCAUGGAGGAAAUUUUAGACAGACUGGUUCUUGAACCUGAAUCGGGAAUCCAAGAACAACCUGUUUCCUAUCAACAUUUAUCUCAGAAGGUGAUCAAUUGCAUAAAAUAAUGUCUUUGAAAAUUGAAACAGAUGUUUGAUGACUCAGCAAAAUGACACUAAGGAAUAUUUUACUACUCUAAUUCUCAAAAAUGCUCCAUAAAUGUCUCCAUGUGCUCCAGUAACAUUUACAUCCAUCUAGCUGGAAACUUUUGGGUUUACUUUAUUCUGUCAAGCGUCAUUAAUGCUCUAUGUCUCCCCUUUCUUUUCAGCCAUGGCUACAACUUUGUGGUGAUGCUGCCAGUUGGAGCUUCAAAUGUGGACAUCCGUCAGCGCGGCUAUCGAGGAAUGGUCAGUGAUGAAAACUACUUGGCGGUGAAGAACCGGCAUGGCAAGUACCUGCUGAACGGUAACUAUGUGGUGUCAGCUGUGGAGCGUGACCUGCUGGUGAAGGGAAGCUUGCUGCGUUACAGCGGCACCUCCACCUCUGUGGAGAUUCUUCAGGCCACCAGACCUCUGCAGGAGCCCCUGACGGUGGAGGUGCUCUCUGUGGGGAAGAUGACCCCACCCAGGGUGAGGUACUCCUUCUACAUCUCCAAAGAGAGCAAGGAGGAGAAGACUCUGCGGAAAGAGGAGAGGAGCCACACAGCGCAGAACAGCGUCUUGUCAGACAGCAACAGGGUGGAGGCGAAGAAGCAGAUGAUGGGGAAGAGGCCGUUGAGCCACUGGGUGACAGGAAGUUGGGAUUCUUGCUCACUAACCUGUGGGAAGGGUUUUCAGCAGAGGCUGGUGCAGUGCCAGAGCAUGGAGGGACGCCCUGCAGGAGAUUGUGACAGCGUUGACAGGCCUGCAGCAGUGAGACCAUGUGGGGAUCCGUGCCCCAUGUGGGACGCAGGGGCCUGGUCUCACUGCUCCAAGUCGUGUGGAAGGGGCUUUAAAAGGCGGCCAGUGCGGUGCAUGACAGACAACGGCCUGAAUCUACCGAGAGACCACUGUGCAGGACGGAGGAAGCCUCAGGAGCUGGACCUCUGCAACCUGCGGCCGUGUUAGAGCAGAACAGUCACAGCCUGAGGACUUCUUUUGUCAGUCAAAUCAUGAUAUGACAUGAACUUUAAGCCCUGAUCAGCGUGAUAAGGACUCUGAGGCCAUGCUGAGUGGAAAUACUCUCCAAAGCAUGAAGCCUUAUGGUGCCUGAAGGGCAUCUGCUGCAACAAAGAAUGGUAAUGGAGACAGAGAGGGUCUUCCUCUGUUGUUUAAAGAGACAGACAUCAGAUAAGGCAUGAAAAAAAUGAGGGAUAGCUGUGGAAACUGUUGAUCCCUCUGCAGCAGGUUUGACUUGUGGUUACUCUACCUCGACCAGGAAAGAUGACACAGUGCCUGAAAAGACAGAGAAAAACAGGAGGAGAAUAGACAAUUAUAAAACCUGGCACAGAGAUAUUACUCAGUUUGAAGUGACUUGCAUGGGACAAGGUGAAAAGAGGAGGGAAAUUAAAGUCCAGGAUGAAGAGAUAAAGUGUUGUGAGGUGAAACUCAUGCCUCUGAAGGAGCACUGUGCCGUUCUCUCACCUGUGAAACGACUUUUUUCUCAUUUCACUGAAUCAAAAUGUGAAACACAGUACUGUAUCAUUCAUGCAGGUCCAUGCAGUUUGUUUUUUUUUCAUCUGUUUUAUUUUCUUUCAUAUUUUCUAUUUAGUGCUAUCGGCUGUAUCUCAUGUAGAAAAUCAGAGAAGGCAGGUGAUCAAGUCCAAGCAAUUUGAUCUAAACAAUUGGAUUCACAAGCUUUAUAGGCUGCCGUAUUGCAUAAUUUACAAUCUUUGUAUAUUUCACCAAAAUCAAAUAAAUACAUUCUUUAAACUAGGACCAAAUAUAUCAAAGGAAACUUUUUAAUAAGGGGGAAGUUGGUGUAGUUAGAAUUCAGAUGUGAGAAUACUCUGUGUAGUGAAUGUACAUUAGGCUUUUUGCGACCAGUGCUACAAUACUGCAUCCACUUUUGUAAAAACCAAACUGAGCACAUUUAACUAUUUGUUCUUUGCUGCCAAAGAGUUAUAACUUUUAAAGAAGUCCUAGAAAUGCAGAAUUAUUGCUUACUUUUCAUUGCUUUUAUAAGGUACCUUAAAAAACAGAUUUUUCUAGGCUUUGUCGGAUUUCAAUUUCUUACAAUCCUUUCCUGUGAUUUUGCUUUUGAUGGGUUCCUCUGUUGUAGAGUUUUGACUAUCAAACACUCACCCACUGGAGUUCAAAAAUAUGGUUAAAACAAAUGACGCGAAUCGGGUGGGAGCUGAAAAUGUCUCAAUUUGAGCGGGUAUUCGCAUUGCAAUAACCAUACAGCACCAAGGUUGCUGGGUGACAUAUGAAAAUGGAUGGUUGUUCACUGGUAUCUAAAAUGGAUGACAAACUGAUCUUGUUGGUGUAUGGGUGCCCUGAAUUAUACGAUACCUUUUCUUUCAAUUACCGAAACCGGAAUUAAAAGGAGCUCGACUGGAGGCAAGUGAGUGAGGAGGUCGGAUUACCUGGUAAAUUGUAAAAAAAAACCUUUGUCUAUCACUUUAUCCCACCAUUUGAAUUGGCAGGGAUUACCAUUGAAAUUGGCAUAAACGGUAAUGACGCGUGAAUGAAGCAAGUAAAUACUAUUAAUUCACACAAAUUUUGCGAGUAAAUGAUUUUACUCGCGCUUGGUGUGAGCACCCCAUUUUAACUACACUUCACAAGAUGUAUUCACUUUAUAGAUAAAUUGUUUGCUUUAAAUGGAUGAUUUUGUGAGGACAUGAUACAAUACAGUAAGUCUAGCAAUUGUGUUUGCCACGUUAAAUAUUAAAUGAACUGUUCUCAUGCAACCUUUUUAAUGCUGGUAGACCUUUCUCCAUGUACUGCUCACAUACACCUGAAUUCUUCCCAAAAUCUAGAACUAAAGAUUGUACAUGUGCAAGCAAAUCAAAUAAAAUCCACCAGGAUCUUGGGAAUUCGUGUGACAAAGCCUGCCAGCCUUUGAGAGCUCCAUGAAAACUAGGGGUGAGCGAUUCAUGAUCAAACAACACAGCUGACUUUAUUUGGGCAACAAGUGAUUCCCGUAUCUUUUGGUCAGCUGCUUCACGUCAUUGGUAUUUCCCCUAACUUUUGCAGUUUUCUGUCUUACUGCUGCACAGCUGCUUCACCACCUCUUGCACUUCAUUAGAAAGCAUCGGCUAAAGUAUUUCAGGACAAGCUCAUGCAAAAUGUCCUCUUAAACUUUAUUUCUAGUCUUACACUUACCUUUUCUAUAAGCAGAUAAGUGAGUCUAACUCUUAAGUGUUAAAAUGACUUAUCAUCUCUCCGAGACAUGUACAAAGGGGAGUUAAAGGGAGAAUCUGACCUGACAUAGUCAAUUACCAAACACAUUACGGUCUUUUCUAUCUUGGCUUUGUAUUUUGUUGUUGGAACAGGUUUUGUUUUAAUUGGAUUACUAUAACUACAUUUCCCGCACAGAUGAAAAUAUGUGUAACAAAGUCGAAAAUGUAUCAUCAGCCUCAAAAAUAUUUGGUUAAAGUCCAGUUCUGGUGUCACACCCUCAGCUUGGGAAGUGUAAGGGCGUCUAUUUGGACUUGAAAUUUUACAUAUUUGCGUUGUUCAACAAUAACACAGACAGAAAUGCACUGAAAGAAGGGAUUACGACACCUCUGAGGUUAAGACUCUCAACACUUGUCAACAUACAUCAUUAAAUAACAGCUGCAAUUCAUCAGACAUUACAGCAUAACAGAUAAAUGUUCAUAUUUGUAGGAGGAAUCUUCUUUUGAGCUGGCUUGACUCGUGAUGGUAUCGCCAGAUUUGCAAAGCUGUUGUGUGUUUUGAGACUUUAUUUUAGGCUGUUUUUCUUCCUUUGUACAAAGUCCAUGUUUGGGUCAGAUUAAAGUGAACCCAACCAUGCAGAAGUGGUGUCCAGACUUAUUCAAAAGAAGCUGUUUGGAAGUUGUUGAAAGAAUAAGUCUAAGCUGAGUAAUAACCUCAGUAAAUGGUUUCCUAAUGGACUUUGGUUCUCAAUUAAAAGUUUCAAGUCUUCUCCAUGACAUGAUGUCAAUGUGUUUGAAUUAUAGUCAAUAUAAAUGAAAAUCCAGGAUAAAGCAAUAGCAGGUUAAGCUUUUUGGUCUGAUUAUACAGUGAGAAGAAAUUUGGUUGAAGCUGGGUUUUGGUUAAAAGAAGAUCUGUAUUUAUUCAUUAAAGCGUCCAUCUCACCAACGGUGGAUGAUGGUGCUCUUGGGAAAUGCAGUUUUCAUUCAGGGAAAACUCUGAUUUAGUCCAAAGGGUUCAGCAGAAUCAAUACAACAUAAUGACACCUUUAUGGGAAGUCUUUUGGUUUAGGUGAAAGUAGCACAUUGACAUUUAUUCUUUCAUGGUAAUCAACAGAUAUGGACUGGUGUGAGAGUCUUUGUUUACCAUUAAGCCCCACAUCUAAAACCCUUGGACAAUACCGAUACUUUAAAACCGAAAAUUCAAGUUCAUUGUGAGUCAUUUUCUGGUUUGGAGGGACCAGUCAUAUCAUCUAAAAGAUGGUAUUGUACAGUUAUGUUUUUCUUCCUUUUGCAUCAUGUAUAGUUAAUAUAAUUUUUUUAUUUUGUCUUUGUAUUGUAUACUAUGUAUACAUUCAUCUAGCUGUAUAAAAUAAAGUAUACAUGUAUAAGAAUAUAACCAUGUGCUGUGUCAUGAUUGAUGAGGUUUCUUCAAGGUUUCCAGUUACUGUUCAAAUUGUAUUUUAAGCUUUGACAUGAGGAUAAUUUACAGUAUUUCUCUGACUGUAAAUCUAUCCCUCAUUAUUUAAUGAUGGACUGCAUAGAUAUGUUGUGUCUUGAAUAUCCCUUUCUGCUCCAGCUGUAUCUGUUACAGCAGAUUUCUGCCAUGCCACGCAGUCUUCCAUCACAUGAGAUAAGACAUUUUUGAUCUCAGCUGAAGCAUGUCUUUAGAUGAAAACAUAUUCAUUCAUCCAGUUUGGUAUUCUGCUGAUUUAAGCUCUGUUGUCUUGGCUGAGCAGUAAAAACACACCCGGCUUGGCCAGCGUCUGCCCAGUAAGCCUGAAGCUUUGUUGGACUUGGACGCCCUCACCCCAAAAAUUUGACCCACAUAAACAUUCAGUGGUAUUCAACAUGGUUCUUUGACUUUUGAAAAUAUCUACUUGUCUUACCAAGCAAUUACAUUUUAAGUCCUUUUAAUUACAUGGGUUCUUUCAACUGGACCACUUUUAUUAAAAGAAAAUCAAUUAUUUUCAAUUAGAAAACCAAUUACUGGGAGAGCACCUCUCUGUUUCAUGUGCAAACAUGAAAAGCUAAGGCAGGGAGAGUAGCAGCAACCACAUGAGGUAUAAAACCAGAUAAAGCAGACAUCAAUGGCAAAUACACUAAGUGCAGCGGAGUUACGCAGCUCAAGGAAGAACAUUUAUGAUCAUUAUUUCAUCAUUUCCAUUAAGUAAUUAUCAUCAUAAUAAUCAUUUUGCACUGCAGACGCGGUAGUUCUUUUGUCUUAGUGUUUCGGUCUGAUUGCAUUUCCAUGAAGAAAUGAUGAUAAAUGUUCUUCCUUGAGCUGCGAAACUCUGCAGCACUCGGUGGUCGACUCGUCAUGGCUCCCCCAUAAACAAGAGGCUGCUGGAGGAGAGUGGGUGAGCUGCGUUUAGUCUCUUUGCUAAAGAAAUUAGGCAAAGCUAAAAAGAUAUUUGGUGGUUAGUGCCAUGGCUGGGACUCUAUGUGUUCUGUUGGUGAAGUUAGGUGCUGUUCUGAGCAUUAUUUGUGGCUAUAGAGUGGCGUUUUGGUUGAGGUUUUCUCAACGGUUGAGGUUUUCCUGCGGUCGUUACUUAGGUUGGUAUAACUAGAGAAGCAAGCGGUCAGCAACAUUCAUCUCUCAAAGGGGUGUCUAACUCGGUGUUAUUGUGUGUUUGACCAUAACUUAAAUUUGAGCCAGAAUGUCCCUUUACGUCGAGGUGGGUUGGAAUGCGAUUUGCAGAAGAAACACAAAGCAUAAAUAAUUGAUUUGGUGUUGUGCUCCUUUAAAUAUCUAAAAAGUUUAAUUGAUGCCAAAGGGAAAGCUAUGCAUUUGGAAAGUUAGUCCGUUCUAUAAGACGGGUAGAGAAUGUAGAAUUAGGGAUGUUGCAGAUGCGAGACUGAGAUGCUCCCUCACAUAGCCUUCCUGUCUGUGAAGCAAUGGUGGCCUUUAAGACAAAAAGCUCCUGUGAUUCUUAAGUCUUAUCCUCUUAUUUGUCAAGUUUUCAGCAUCAAAAACAUCUAAGAAUUCAAUUUUUUGUCUUCCGUGAAUGAAUGAAUAAAAACAUCCAAGUCUUUGUCGGGAAUAAAUCCAUUAGACUCCUCUGCCUUCUCUUCACUUCCUAAUCACACUCCAAUCCUCCAUUCUGAGUAAGAAUCCUCUGUUGUUUCUGGAGUUUUUUCAUUCAGUAUUAGUCAUUUGAGAUCAGAAGCUAAAUAGAGACUCAGACCUGGACUGAAGUUGCAGCAGGUGUCCAUCCCCUUAAAACAAAAAAGUAGAGUCCUCUCCACCAAAUGCUCAGAAUUCCUCCAGAUCUCACCUGAAAAAUCCUGAGCCCAAACGUGAGCGCUCGUAAACCAGAUGUGCUUUGUUCUUUGCUUUUAGGGAUGAACCCCAUUAGGGGAAGUUUAGUCUGUCUGUCAGAACAGCAUGUGAGGGCAGUGAGCUACAUACACAAACACAAUUAUCUCAUUAACCAGAGGUCAACUUUGAAGCUGCACCAGGUUACAGAUCAUCAUUUAAAACACAUUUAAAGACUGAAUCACAUAGAAACUUACAAGAAAAAACACAGGUCACUUACUGAAAGUUUCUGAGUGGCAAUGGUGGUUCAAUGACAAAUCAGUCCAUCACAAUAUUUGUGCAACAUAUUCAAACACAGACUUUUCAACUAUUGAAAGAAACUGUAAGCAGGACACUUUCAUGUUUUCUGAGCUGAAAUUACUGUUCUCUCCACUGUAGUCUGCUUAAGAGAGCAAUCAGCCUCAUACAUUUUAAAUUGUCCGUAAUGAUUUCAUUCAUUCAGGAUGAUCAUCUGGGCCUUUCAAAGUCAAAAAACAUGCACUUCACACAGGAAGACUUUGAUCACAAAGAUUAUUUUUUCUGUAAGGCUUGUUAAGAUGUUUGUUGCCAUACACAGUCAAUUUUUAUUUACCAGUCAAUUAAAUCCAAAACUUCUUAUUUCAUUAUCACUCAUAAUUUCUUUAUUGGCCAACAAAGGCGCCAAACAUGUACAACAGUCAAAAAUGACGCAACCCUGUAAAUUAUCUGCAAACAGAAAAAAAUCAUGCUGCAAAAAGUUAAAAUCAACUGCAAUAACAGUAAACACGCAGCAUAUACCCAAAUGAUACAAAGCAAGCAUGUGUAGGAUGUAAAGUAUAUGUAAAACGUAAAAAAAAAAAAAAAGGUCAAGACAAUAAGGGGCUGCACGCUCCCCUUACAAACUGUUUCAUGCGCUUAUUUUUUUUUUUCUUUUUUUCACUUCUGCAUUUUUAGUGUUUUCCCCCUGAUCCCUUACCUCUGUUUGUAACUGUAUAUUCCUGCCCGAAAAUAUGCAAACACACAAAAAACAAAAUUUUAGUCACACGUCUGUUAACAUCAGAAUUUUCGCUUCCACGAAUGCUUUCAGUGUUUCAGUAUUUCAGAAGGUAGAAAGCCCUCUGCUAAUUUUUAACUAUGUGUGAAAAAGAUAAGGUGAUAUAACUGCACAUCAUCUUACUAUAAACAUACUAUUUGCAAAUGAGUGUCAUCCAUCUAACCGCUCUGGGGGUGUCUAGAUCUUUCGCUCUAUCUCAGUUUGCCCUUAAUUUGAACAGGUCUCCUUACUUUGUAGCAACAUUUUUGAGUCGCCUAAUCCCUUGUUUAAAAUACCUGAUGCAGCUUCAAUCCCUUUUUAGAAAAGAAAAAGCCUCAAAGACCUUCUUGAAGUAAAAACCGCUACCCCAAAUUACUGAAAUGCCAAUUCAGACCAGAUAAAUGUUAUCAGUGUGUUGUUAAAUAUGCUGGAUACUUCACCCUGUAGUUUUUUUUACUUAAGAAUUACAGAUAUGGUUGGCUCUCACAGGCAGAAUACAAACAUUUGCUUAAAUUAUUACAAAUUAUCAGAGGUCUCCACGUAACGCUAAUCCCAGGGGAAUAGAGCUCCGGUCAAACUGGCCCGCUGGGUUAAGGUUAACCUGCUGUUAUGGUUAAGAGAAAACACUGCUGACUGUAAGAAAAAUAUUUAGCGGCACUAUAGCAACAAGACGCUUCCUCCACCUUUGCUC